UAUAUAUUUAAUACAUGAAUUAAGAAGACAUAUUUUUAAAAAAAUAGUGGUUCAUAAAGUCUUGUGAAGGAAAGAUAGAAUAAUUCUAUGAUAUAAACCUUAAGAAGGUAAUUGUAUUGAUCAAGGAUAAAGGUGAUUGGAUCUGGAACAUAUGGAAGUGUUGUAAAAGCAGCAUUAAAGGGCACAAAAUAAUAACGUGCAGUUAAGGUGAUUCCAAAGAGUAAAGUUAAGAAUCCUGAGCGAUUUAAAAGAGAGAUAGAUAUACUAAGAGCAAUGGACCAUCCAAAUAUCAUAAAAUUGUAUGAGACUUAUGAAGAUUAAAGAAAUGUUUAUUUAGUGACAGAGUAUAAAUAAUAAUAAAUAAAUAGAUUAUGUGAGGGAGGUGAACUAUUUGACAGAAUAAUGGAUAAGGGAUAUUUUAAUGAAGCAGAAGCUCAUGCUAUAUUUUUAUAGAUAAUGCAAGUAUAUAUAGAUGUAUAAUUAGGCAUUAAAUUAUUGUCAUACAAAUGGAAUUUGUCAUAGAGAUUUGAAGCCAGAGAACUUUCUUUUUUUAACAAAAGCAGAAGAUUCACCUUUAAAAGUUAUAGAUUUUGGUUUGAGUAUUUUAUUUGAAGAUGGUCAAACAAAACCAGGGACUCAAAAAGUAUCAAUGAAGACUAAAGCAGGAACUCCUUAUUAUAUAUCACCUGAAGUUUUAAAAGGCAAUUAUGAUGAAUUAUGCGAUAUUUGGUCAGCUGGAGUUAUAUUAUAUAUAUUAUUAUCUGGUGUUCCACCAUUUUAUGGAGAUACAGAUCCAGAAAUUUUAGAAGCUGUUUAAAAAGGAGUUUAUACAACCGAUAUUCCAGAAUUUAAAUUUGUUAGUGAUUCUGCUAAAGAUUUGAUUGCAAAUAUGAUUACAACACCUGAUAAAAGAUUCAAAGCUUCAUAAGUUUUAUAACAUAAAUGGAUGAAAGAAAAGAAUAAACCAAAUAAAGAGUUAAAGUUAAAUUAUGGGGCAUUAAAAAAUUUUACAGGAAGUAAUAAGUUAAAGAAAGUAGCUUUAACUUUUAUUGCUUCUUAAUUAAAUGAAUAAGAAAUAUCUCAUUUAGGAAAGUAAUUUAAUACAAUUAAAUAGAUUAUUUAAACAAUUAGAUAAAAAUGGAGAUGGAGUAUUAACUAUUGAAGAAAUUAGAGAAGGUUUAACAGGAAUGAGUGAUGAUUAAUCAAAAGAAUUAGCAAAUAUUAUUAAAAGUAUUGAUACUGAUGGAAAUGGGAAUAUCAAUUAUACAGGUAAUAAUAAUUAUAUUCAAAAUAUAUAGAAUUCUUGGCUGCUACAAUGGAAAAAUAGUUGUACAUGAAAGAAGAAAAAUUAUAUUAAGCUUUUAAAAUGUUAGAUUUAGAUGGAAGUGGUAAAAUUGAUAAAAAAGAAUUGUAGUAAGUUCUUGGAAGUAAUUAAAAAUAUAUUAAAUUUAGAAUCUGAAAAAAUAGUAAAUGAAAAAUAUUGGGAUGACAUGAUUAAAGAAGCAGAUAAAAAUGGAGAUGGAGAAGUUAUAAUAAUUUUAAAUAUAAUAGAUUGAUUAUAAUGAGUUUAUUGAAAUGAUGGAUAGAUUCAGCUUGAUGAAUUGACAAGCAUAUUUUAUAUACAUUAAACAAAUAUUUAAU